AUGGCGCCAGGAAGCAGGCGUGAUUUCAACUGCCCCUGGAAAGGUUGCAGAAAAACUUUCAGCCGUAGGUCCGACAUCUCCAGACACCACCGAAUACACACCAACGAACGACCGUACCACUGCAUGUUCAAGGACUGCAACAAGAGCUUCAUUCAGCGGAGCGGCUUGACUGUGCAUUCGCGAACCCACACUGGCGAAAAGCCCCACAUCUGCCAACAUAUGGACUGUCAUAAAGCCUUCUCUGACUCCUCGAGUCUGGCGCGCCAUCAAAGGAUCCACACAGGCUGCCGACCCUAUACCUGCCAGGAGCCCAUCUUCUGCCGCAAAACUACCCUCACCAGACACGUGAAUCGCGCUCAUCCUCCUGGAGCCAUGGAGUGCGACCCGUCCGAAGAUAUAUCCUCUGGCCGGUCCUACCAACCUUGCGCCACCGCUGUUCCCCACGGCCAGUAUCUGCUCUCCCAGCAGCCCUUCUGCCCGCCGACCUCCAUAAACCACGCGUUCUACUCGGCCCAACCCAUUGUGGCACACAGCACGACUGUGUCGCCCACACCGAUGGACGUGCAGCAGUAUGUACAGCUGGCGCGGCAACAGUCUGAUUUGAUGCAUCUUGUGUUCGGCUCGCUGUGGUUUCAGCCGGCCUCUCAAGCCGAAGUUCCGCUCGUCGACAGUCAUGCGCUUAUGAUUGGCAUUCCCCAGGACCUUUCAACAUAA